GCUCAAGUACGAUUUGAAACGAGAUGAAAUUAUUCUCGCUUUUCUCGUUAUGCAUGAAUAGACUGGAUAAAAGAUAAAAGUGGUUCUGGACUAUUUCUACUUUCUUGCCUCGAGGCACCACUUCCAUCAUUCAGGUUUAACCGGUAUCUGAAAUCAUGCUAGCCCGCUAUAUCGUGAAAGCGUAUGACGUUUGACAGGACAUCGAACGAUACGCUUUCGAGUACAAAAUAAUGACAACAAAAGUCUGCUCCCUUCCCUUCAGGGAUGGAAAUGUCUCAGUUUAUUUUUUUUUCUUCUUGCGCACGCAUGCUGAUGCAUUAAAAUGAUAAAGCCACGAGCCCGGAGAGGGAGAUGACAAAGGAGGAUGUUUUACAGCCUGUGGAGGAAGAUGCUGCCCUCGACUGCCUCACUACACUCUCUCUCCAUCAGCGGCCAGUCAUCCACCAGGUGGCAUCUGCACCAAUGCCUAAUGACUGCGAAUUCUCCUUCUUUGAUCCCAGCGAGCCGCAGUGCAGAGAAGUUCUACAAGACCCUAACACCACCAUACCGGAACUGUUUGCUAUCCUUAGGCAAUGGGUUCCCCAGGUUCAGAAGAACAUUGAUCUGAUUGGCAAUGAGAUUCUUAACAGAGGUUGUGGCGUGAAUGACCGAGAUGGUCUGACAGACAUGAGCCUUCUGCACUACUGCUGCAAGGCUGGUGCCCCGGGGAUUGGUGAUGCAGAUACAGCUGCUGGUUUCGCCCACCACCUUCUUUCCCUGGGAGCUGAUCCUAGCCAGCGCUCCCGUUGGACAAACAUGAGGGCUCUGCAUUACGCUGCAUACUUUGACGUUCCCCAGCUUAUUUGCGUUGUAUUGCAGGCCUCUCAGCCUGGAGACAUUGACGCGACCUGUAGUGACUUUGACUUUGGCACCGCCCUCCACAUUGCGGCAUCUAACUUGUGUACAUCGGCUGUCUCAUGUCUCUUGGAGCUGGGAGCCAAUCCUGCUUUCAAAGAUGACAAAGGCCAAUACCCAGCUGAUGUUGUUCCUGAGCCCCUUGACAUACCCUUAGAGAUGCCAGAUGCUGCCUCCCUGGCCAAAGAAGUGCGGACCUUACUAAGAGAGGCUUUGCCACAGCCCAGCUCCCUGCCUUUAAGAUUCCAAGUGCAGACCCCUCCUGCUCUUUCUGAUAAAGCCAGGAUAAAACUGGCCUCAAUCGGAAUAAAGCUCGGUGAUCGAGUGAUGAUAGCUGGGCAUAAGAUGGGAACCCUGCAAUUCUGUGGCAACACUGAGUUCUCUAGCGGUCUAUGGGCUGGAGUAGUGCUUGACAAACCAGAGGGGAAGAAUGAUGGCUCUGUAGCGGGCGUCCAGUAUUUUACCUGCCAACUCAAACACGGCGUAUUUGCUCCUCUCUCCAAGAUAAGCAAACCUUUGGAAAGAUACAAAAGGGCCAAUAAGGUGUCUAUACCUGCACGCCCUCGUCGCAUUGACCUGUCCCUCAUUUCCCCUAAGUCUAACACAGAGUUAGGUGGUCUCUCGCAAUCGCUCUCCUCUUCGACUUCCUCGCUAGAAUCUCGUCACGGACACCGCCCUUGGCCGCGUCCCCAUCCCAGGCAACGUCUUAUUACCAGGCAACAAAGGGAACAUAUUUCUCAGAGUCCCUGUGGUACAGCAGGACAUCGAAGCCAAACACCUUCUGGGAGUAGCUCUGUGUGUGGGGGCCCUGAGGUGCGCCUGGGGGAUAGGGUGCUGGUUGUUGGCCAAAGAACUGGCAUAGUCCAUUUCUAUGGGAAGACGCACUUUGCUCCAGGCCACUGGUUGGGCAUCGCACUGGACACACCCAGUGGGAAAAAUGAUGGAUCUGUGGGGGGAGUGAGGUACUUUAACUGCCCCGCAAGACACGGAGUCUUUGCUCCUCCAUCUCAUGUUCAACGGAUCCACGGAUCUGUUGAUUGCCUCUCAGAGCUCUCCUCGUCACAUCUUAAUCAUCCAUCAAUCAGUGGGGUAAUUCGUCGCAGUUUCAGCACAUCAUCUGCCAUUGCUCCACCUAAGGAGACAACCAGAAGAAACCCUGUGAACAGGAGUCAUUCCAACCCCAAUCGUCGCCACUGGAGCACAUUGAGCGGAGGCAGUAGUAGCAGCAUUCCCAGGAGUACCACUGGCACCGUCUACAGUUCUGAUAAGCAGGUCCGCCUCCAUGAGGGUAUGCAGGUGCUGUUGAACAGUGCCAACGAAAUGGCCUCCAUCCGUUACAUUGGCACAACAGACUUUGCUCCGGGCCUUUGGCUGGGUCUGGAGCUCCGCAGCCCCAAAGGAAAGAACGAUGGUUCUGUACACGGCCGCCGCUACUUCACGUGCCGUCCGGCCCACGGUGUGCUUGUUCGUCCGAGUCGCGUUACCUAUCGUGGCAUCAACGGUUCCUGCUUGGUUGAUGAAAACUGUUGAGAAAUGGACCUUUCACCGAAGGUACAAUAAAAAGUGGAAUCUCUCGAUUUUAAGCAAUUAUCUAGUCCAACAUUUUAAAAUCAUUGAUUAUCUGCAUGGCUUUAUUUGGCAUUUGAUACCUAAAAGCAAUGGUUUUAUACUUUAAAUCAAGCUAAUUGUUUAGGAGACAGAAUUAAUGCACUUUAUUCAAUUAGCUUUUCAUUCCUUGAAUUUGUUUGCGUGAUUUAAUAAGAUCUAAAACAUUGCACUACUUCUAAUCUGAUUGCACUCUCAGACAUUCAUUUCUUCAAUCAAACCAUGUUUAUCGGAUGGAAUAUGAACACUGUAAUCUAUUGUGUGUGUCUGGUGUGGGAUGCGUUAAUUGCUAGUAACAACCUCUGGCACAUGGCUGUCAUGUUUUACAAAUAAUUGAGGCACUUGAUGUCAAAAAACUAAUUUUCUCUUGAGUUACUGUGAAAUUAAUUUUAAGCCUUAGAACAUUCGUAGUAGCGAAGUAGCUUAUCAAAUCAACUGUCUUUUCAGCAUUUUAUAAAUUACUUAAUGCAAUGAUUGACUGGUGCAUUUUGUUGUGGCAUACAACCUUUGGUCCUGAUCGGAAUAUGCUGGAGAACAAAAAUAGUCGUUUUAACCCCAUAGUUGGACGGGGAAAUAUAACCAUUCUAAAUGGGAAAAUUAAUAUUCUAACUUGGCAGAUCAUCCAGUAUACAUGCUCGUGUACUCAAGGUCGGUCUCAUCUCUUAGUAUAGUGUGCCAAAAGGCUCACCACACACUGAGUGAUGCGACUGAAAAUGAUUGCACUGUCUCGUAGGGUGCAGCAAUUAAUUAUUAGUGACCAAUCGCCAGCCACUGGUGAGAAAUGUGAAUUGCGAGUAAAUAUGGCAGAUGUAAAGGCCAAUCAAAUAUGCCAUGUUAGCUGUCACAACCAGAAGAUACAUUUCCAAUUUGAAGCAAGGGGCAACUGGUCACUGCCAUUGCCAACCUGCACCACUUAAGUAUUAUACAGAAUGUGUGUUGUGUUUUAAAAUAAUACUUAACAAUAUUUAUAACCUGUGGACAAAAUCACGUCGCUUAGAGAGUCUCUGGCAGCAAGUGCACAAAAGCUUUCUCAACAAAAAUGUUUUUUCUGCAUAGAUGAAUCAUCCACCUGAUUCCAAUUUGCCGGUGGUGCCAAUCUGUCAUAAUACAUCAUAAAUAUUGUGUUUUACAAUAAUAGUUUUAAUAUAAAUUCAUUUGUAUAUUUGGGGAUGAGAAAGCAAAGGUUUGUUGCGAUAAGUGCAAACGUGACGUCAAUAAACAGAACGUACAGCUUCUGAAAUAUCUUUAUUUCUUGCUCACUUCUAUGUAUUAUGAUAGUAUAGAUAGACCAGACUUCCACUAACUGCUUUUCCCUUGACAAUCGCGCCAUAUUGUACAGUACUAAAGUACAGUUCUCAAUGCAGUGCCUCAAAAUAUUCCAUCUCAAUAAGAACACACCAGGGGUCGCAGUUUUUCAAUUGCAGCGAGUGGUUUAGACGCACAGGGGUUGAUCGGCUGGUCCAGCGAGCAACUCACCGACUGCAUUUUUCAUACAGUGGGUGUGUGUGUGUUUUUUUUUUUUUGGGGGGGGGGGGUUUAACUAUCAGUUUUUGUCUUCUUUGUUCAAGGAUAACGGUAGACUUUGGAGAAGCAUGUAUUUCAUUUGAAAGCACCAAUAUGUUAGAUGUGAGUGCAUGAGGCAGUUCCAGUUGCCAUUUCAUUCGAGCAGCUGGAGAGGGCAAACGCAAUCAUCCUUAAGAACUGAAGUUGAAUUGAGUAGUAUCCAUUUUGAUUACAGUUAUCAGUCGAAAUUUACGGAGGGCAAGUCAUCCAUUGUGCAUGUGCCACUGAGCCACUGUUCUGUAAAAGACUACCGCAGGAUUUAAUUAUGGUGUGUGGGCUACAAGUGAAGCUAUAAGAUCUUCGGCGGGGUUCUUUCGAUGGUCAGCCCCCCCCGUGCAAUUGAAACAAAGUGGUGGUUAGAGCCAAACAGGGGUCUGACUCAUCAGUUAAGGCGAGUGAUCAAAUUCCACGCUAAAUGUGCAAUAGCUUUAGAUCCCAGAACAAAAGUGCAGACCAUCCUUCUAUGGCAUGAAUAUGAAAGAAACAUACUGUUCAUUACAAUAUGGAUGAUAAAUUUGUUUGUGCUGUAUAUCCUCAUUUACACUCCACUGAAUAUUUCCAUUGAAAUAAGUGUUGGCGACUAAGCUGCCAUUUGUACCCUCCGAUAAAAUUCAUUUGUGACAAUUAGCAUUUAUUUGACUGUGCCCUCUAACCUAGAGAUCUUUAUUCGUUAAUUAAUUUGAAUGUACUGUAUGUUUGAUGAAUGCGUUUGAGUGAGGUUUGAUACUGUAUUGACAUAUUUAAUAAAAUAGUGAGUGAAUAAACAAUUUCAAUUUGAGCCGUUCAUUUUUCCUUCUAUCUCCUUUUUUGUCACGUGUAGUUGUAAAUGUGUGACUUUUGUAGAUUACGUGCAAUUUAAUUCAGGGACUUAAAAUUGACGCUUGAUCACAAACAAUGGUUUUGUCAGAUUUGUCUAAAUGUAAUUAUGAUUCCAGAAGAAACAUGCAACAGCAUUAUCUACUUACUCAGUGGUAGUUUUGGCACUCAAAUCCAAGUUUGAGUGAGUCCAAAUCAAUGGUUGUUAUUUUGCUUCUUAUUCUUUUAAUUUGUCAAAAUCAACUUGGUGUCUCUUUAAAAAUGAAGCCAUGAAGCCAGCCA